AUGGAAGUCCUGCGCAAGAUGUCGCACAAAUCAUCGUCAAUAGAGCCCGAACUUCUAGAAGUCCCUGUCAGACACGGUCUGAACUUUCUACCAUCAUCCGACGAUUAUGACUCCGACUUUUCAGACACCUAUGACGCGGACGAUCCUGAUGAUUUGGAAGAAGAGGAAAAGGCUUUGGUUACCGCGUACCUACAUGACCCUCCAGCUCUGCAUAUCCGACGGACGUUGGACCAGUACUACUACCAUAUGCUUGACAAUACGAAGGAGCGCGACAUGGACCAGGUCGUGUCUCGAUGGGCAAAACACAUGAAAUCCGAGGCUCGGCACAAUAUUCUUAUGCUCAAAGCGACCAAUAAAUACUACGAGGAAAGAAAAAAUAAACUUCUCGUCGAUCUUCUCGACAUCCGCGAAGAAGUGAAGCUCUUGGUUGAGAUAAAAGACAUCCUCGAUGAGAUCAACAUCAUUCUCUCAGUACUAGACAUACAACGGACGGUCAUCGAGCAGCGACAGAAGGCGGAAGGGUUCAAUUUCUUGGGUAAUUCAGCUGCAGAGGAUCUCAUCAAAGCCGACAUAGACGACUUCAAGAAGCUUGAAGGUCACAGCCGCACGAUACAAGAGAAGGUAUGGCAGACAUUGCAAAGAGUGGAACAGAGCUAA